UUUAUAAGUUGUCUUUCUUCUAGCAGCCUACUUUUUUUUUAUGAGCAUAUAAUAGUAAUGGCUAUGACAAAGGCUUUUUAAUGGUAUUGAAUAACUUUUUCUGUCCUUUACUGAAAUUGUAACACAUGAUUGAGAUUCCUAUAUUGGUUAGGGGAGGCAUGAUCAUUAUAAGAUUCUGCUCUGAUUAUCAAGCCAUGCAGCUUCUGGGCUUUUUGGUUUUGUUUGUUUGUGUUUUUCUCUUUGGUUCAAGUUAUAGAGUGACACUGAAAUUAGGGGAAGAGUUGUGACCAACAAUCCCCAAUAUUUAACUAUAUUUUGAGCUUAUUAAGUUAUAAAUAUUCUCUCUUUUGUUAUUUGUAGAUUUUAUUUCAAUUUCCCAGAGGCUUGGAGGAUGUACUGCCUAAAUCUGUUUUGAUAUACUGUUAGGGAAAGGAAACAUUUAUGUGUACGACAGGCCUAAGGAGUUAGGUUAGUCACUUCUCUUUUAUAAACUGAAAAGAAACAACAGGAAAAUUUGCCUUUUUCAUUUCAGUCCCAAGUCUAGCAAUAUGUCCCCUUCACUUGUAUAGGAACCGGUGUCUGGCCUUCCCUCAGAUUUGGAGAGUCCUAGAUCUUGAUGAGAUCCAGCUCUUUAAAAAUGUAGGUGCCAGGGAGGACUGCUUAGCAUAUAGCUGUUUAUAGUAUUCUAAAAUAACAACACAAAAGAUUAAUAUUAUCUUAAUGUGUUCUUAAAAAUCUUGGCCUGAUUCACUGCUCACAAUUUGUUUUCUUAUCCAUAUUAAUUUGCUUCAUAUAUCAAAAAAGAUUCAGGUAUCUCAGAUGGUCUACCAUUUAAAUUUUGCCAUUAUUCCCUGGAUUGAGUUAGUAUCAUAUACUUUUCAUUGCAUUAAAUUUUCUUUAAUAUAAAUGUUUGAUUUUUCUUCCUAUUUGUCUUACCAUGAAUCAGUAGAUCAGUCAUGAGAUAUUUUUGUAGUCUCUUUGCAAAAGUCUUUAUUAACCUGGGCCUUUAACAUUCACACUGACUUUCUUCCCUCCCACAUAAAACGCUUCUUGUCUUAUUCUUUUAAUGGUUUAAUAUAAAACCACUAAUGUGAAAUCAGAGUACACUUUUUACCCCCUUUGUACCAUACCUCCAAAUUUCUUAAUGUGCUUUUUUUUUUUUUUUUUAAAGAUUUUAUUUUUCAAGUAAUCUCUACACCCAGCAUGGGGCUCAGAACCAACUGAGCUAGCCAGCCAGGAGCACCUCAGUCUUAAUGUACUUUUGAUGUUUUACAGUUUAGUAGUUUGUGAGUCUUUUGUGUUCCCAAAUUCCACUGGUUAUGGUCAGCAACUCAAGGUAUCCUGUCUCCUUUUCCAUAGAAAAUUUUCUCAUCUUUAUCAUGAAACUAUACUCUUUAUGGUGUAUGUUUUUGUUUUUUUCAUUUUAUUUUUUUUAAUUUAUUUAUUUUGAGAGAGAGAGAGAGUGAGCAAGCAGGGGAAGCACAGAGAGAGAGAGGGAGAGUAUCCCAAGAGGCUCUGGUAGCGCAGAGCCCGACGUAGGGCUUGAAGUCAUGAGUGGUGAGAUCAUGACUUGAGCCAAAGCCAAGAGUCAGAUGUUUAAUCGACUGAACCACCCAGGCGUCCAUUUUUAUUUAAACCUAGUAGUGAAAGCCUAACAAAUACAGUUAAGGUAGUUGCAUCUUCUCCCAAAAUUACAGUUAAAAUAAAAUGGUUUCAAAGAAGAAAAAGAAGGGCACGUGAGUGGCUCAGGUAAGUGUCCAGUUCUUGGUUUCUGCUCAGGUCAUGAUCUCAUGGUUUAUGAGUUUGAGCCCUGCAGCGGACUUCAUGCUGACAGUGCAGAGCCUGCUUGAGAUUCUCUCCUCUCUCCCUCUCUCUCUGCCCCUCGCCCACUCACUGUCUGUGUCUGUCUCUGUCUCUCUCUCUCUCUCUCUCUCUCUCUCUCUCAAAUAAACUUUAAAAAAAAAAAAGGAAAAGAAUGUAAUGUGACACAAGAAAGCAAUAAGAACAGCUGUAUCCAAUCAAAUAAAAACAGAUCUCUUUUAUCAUCACACUUACUCUGGAAUAAAUAACAUUGUUGGCUGCUGGUAAAACUGCGUUUAUUUGUGGCCCGGGGUGGGGGAAAAACUUUAAUUUUAAAUAUUAAAAAUAUUUAAUUUUUCUUUCUUUCUUUUUUUUAAGUAAUCUCUACACCCAGUAUGGGACUUGAACUCAUGACCCUGAGAUCAAGAGUAGCAUGCUAUACCAGCUGAGCCGGCCAAGCACCCCUAAAUGAAGAUCUUUAAUUGUUAAAGAAUUUAGUUAAACUUUGAUAUUUCUAUUUACCUACAUUAGAACUUAAUAUGUAAUAGGUGUUAGGCUGCCAGAAAAUUUUGUUGGAUGAGCAGUUGUAGAAUGGUGGAAAUGUACUUAUACUAGUAAGCAAGGCAGACCAUUACUUUCCCUUUUGCUAAAAAGCAAAGAAAAAUAAUAAUAAAGAUAUGAAAAGUUAGCAUAACUUUGGCUACCUCAUUUUGUAGAACAUUAAUGUAGUACACAAUAAAAUAGGACAAUGUAUAGACCCUUUGCUGUACUUGUUUUAUUUAUAUUUGCCCCUUAAAAGACUUACUUUAAAAAUGGAAAAAUAUUCUGUAGCAUUUAGAAUACAUUUAAAGAACUAUCAGGUUACUAGAUAUUUUCCUUUUCUCUGGCAGGAUUCCUCAUGUCCAUAACAUGUUGGUUAAGGCUGUGCAGCUCACCCCCACUCUCAGAGUGGCCAGUCUCCAUUAAUUGGACCCCGUGAUUUCCUCUCUCUUGCUGUAUUGGACGUCAUGAGCAUUGCAAUCCCUCUGGGAGUCACCACACCAGAUACAUCCUACUCAGAUAUGGCUGCUGGAUCAGACUAAGAGCAGCUUUAGGAAUUCAGAAUUUGUCGAAAAGCCCAAUCCCUAAAAUAGACUCUCAAUUCUUGAAGAAUUUAAAUACCAAAUGGCAAUGAAGAAAGGAAGUGGAAGCCCCCUACCUUUCAAGACGAAGUGGCACUACACCAGGAUGUGAAAGUCCAGCGAAAGAGACCCAAGGGGCCUAGGGGGCAGCACACCCCCAGAAGCCAAGUCUAUUCCAGGCAGUACCAGGGAUUAGGGUCUGGGCUGGAAAAAUCCUGGUGUUUUGAAUAUGUUCAGGUCCAGUUCAGACUCUUGAUCCCACAGCCACUUCUUGAGUGAGGUGGGUGUUGCUCUAAUUCCCCUGUUUCUCUUGCCAUUUUCAUAGUCCCUGGGGAUUCUUCCCCCUUCAGCAAAGCAAAGCAACUGUACCAGAGCUCUGGGUUCAACUGCAUCCCUGAUUAAUAGUGGUUUUCUUCCUUAAAACUGAGAAUAUAGUAAAGAGCAUGUACAUUUCUUCACAAAGCCACCUAGGAUUACUUAACUGUUUAUUGUCUUCCUUAAAGAGGAAGACUUAACAUGAACCUACCCUAAGAAGCAAUAUAUUAUAUUCUGGGGUAGUCUAGAACUGAAAAAUUUUGGCCUUGUUCCCAUAUAAAAAGGAAGGUGGAGGAGGGUGGGGGGUGGGAAGGGUGGAAUUGUGUUCCCUCCAGGGCUUUUUUUCCUGUUUCGUUUUGUUUUUAUCUUUUUGCAUGCAAAGAGAUUCAGUUAUGCCAGUAGCUAGACUUCCAAGUUUACAAGUACUAUUUCCCAAAUCAAGUACUGAAAAAUCUUGCUGCAUUAGGAACCAUAACUGUAUAGUGUUCAUGAAUUUUUGUAAAGUCAUUUACUACCUCCUAUAUGGAUUGACUAACAAACCACACAGGUAGACAGCAUUAACAUUGGUGAGAAAUUUCAAGAGAGAUUAAAUCAAAUUAAUGUGAUCAACCCCAAAUUAAAUUAAUUUGGGAUUCAUAGAAAAAGACCUAAAGCAAUUAUUCUUAAAACUGGUGUUUUUCCCAAAGUACAGAGAUGACCACCCAUAAAUGCUGCUGGGUAGUCCAGAAGUAAUUGCAGACUUAGGGCCUAAAAAUUUGACUGCAAGGUUUCUAUUUCCUGAAGCAUUUUCAUUGUAAUUUCUUGACAGAUUUCUGAUACUGUUGUCAUGACUUAUUACACAGUUACUCAUUUAGUAUUUCUACAAAGCAAGAUAAUGUCAACAAUUUGCUUAUGUACCAUUCUGUUACAUUUUAGAUGAUAUUUCUUAAUGUUUUACCAUGCAUGUUCCACUUUUCCUGCAUAUUUCAUUGUUCUGGGCACUCUAAGAUUAAAAUUAAACUUGGUAUGAAAGGCAACAUCACUAAGUAAAAGACGUAGAUCUUACCUCAUGGGAUUUUAAAUCUGAUAACAACAGUAUACAUCAUGCAUUUUUCAUGUAUUUGUAGGAGAACCUCUAGAUGUAACAAUAGAAGCAAGGAUUUUUCUGAAUUUACAAUUAUGCCAUAAAUGGAUUUCAGACAUUUUCCAAGAGGUAGCAUUAUAGCAGCAGGUGGCACGUUGUACUUAAAACACAGUCGACUCAGUAUCUGUUGUAAACAUGGCUUCUGUGUAUGUGCCCAACUCUCAUAGCAAUUCAAACAUAGAGGAAGAAAGGCAGUAAUACAUUUGCAUAAAAUGGUUGGCUAAUAAGGAAACGCAAUCCUAACACUACAGAUUUUUACUCCAUAUUUUAAAACAUAGAUAAGAGCUGGUAUAUAUAUAUAUAUACAUACAUACAUAUAUAUAUAUAUAUAUAUAUGUGUGUGUAUAUAUAUGUAUCAAGGAAUAUCCUAGGAAAUCGCAUAGUUACCUGUCAACAUGUAACUGAUUAAUAACCACUAUGGAAAUUGUAGUUUCCUCAUCAAAAGAUGAGCUUAAAUUUUAAUAUUUUGCACACAUAACAACAGAUUAAAUGCUGUGCUUUACUAGGAAGUAUUGUCCAGUGGGAUGGCCUUUUAACCUCCACAAUAUACAUUUUAUUUUUAUUCCCUAGACUUGCACAUGAAGUGCAUAUGUUCAUAUUUACCCAGUUGGGAGAUGGGUAAGAUACAACCAACAUAGCUCCAUCUCCAUGGCCAUCUUUUAUUUCAUGCCACAUUCCUUUUUCCCGUCCAGAAAAACUCCAUUUCUAAUAAACGGCUGCCAUGUUUCACCCCAUGUGUUCAGUGGUACAAAAUCUCUUCUACAAAAUAUGUACAGUUCUUUGGAAUACUUGUUUAUCUAGUGAAUUAACAAUGUUGUAGAAAGUUAUUACUUUCUCUUAACUAUCCAUCAUAGAAACUAAAUUCUACCUUCAUUUUAUUAAUGCUUGUUUGCCUUCAGUUUCAUUUAGGAAACCCCACCUGUUUCCUAAUACUCAGAGCUGAUUGCCUCUCAGUGAGCCAUGUCAGAUCAUCUUUUCUCAAGAAUACUGACCUGCAUUCUUGAUGUACCCCCCACCCCAGUUCCCAUCUUGCAGACACUCUUAAAGAAUAAAAUGCAUGCACUUCACUAACAGAAUACUUUCCUAUGUCUAAAGUUCUUCUUCACCUAGAAAUUACCUUUGCUGUUAUUAAUAAGAUCCCUUCUCACAGUUUUGGAGCAUAUAACUGGGUGAGUUGGAUAUAUCUCAGAAUUUUCUUUUAUCCCUCACUUCUCAGCUGACAUUGCACCACAUUGAACUGCGCACACUUUAUUCCUGCCAAGUACGGUGUAUUGUAUACUUCCAAGCAGGAUAAAUGUAUGUUCCUUAAAGCAAACUAUGCAUUAUUUGAUUCCUUAAAAGACCCUUUGAUCUCUAAGGCUGAGUUACUACGUGUCCUUGGAGUUUCUGAUUUGUGAAUCUCUGUUCUAGUUAACUUAAAUGACAGAUAAUCCAUUAUUGAGUUCAAAGUUAUAUGAUCAUAUUCCUUAAUUAUCUUUCUCAAGAUUCCCUAAAAUCUAACCAGGUAACAAUCAGAGUUACAAGUUCUUUUUUUACCAAAACUUGUAUUUUGUCCUUUGUUACCUAUGCCUUUUUAUUAUCAAGUAAAGGCUUACAUUAAAUUUCUAAAUUUGAACACAUUUAUAAUUGUAUAUUAAUAAGUUAUACUUGAGCACUUUGCUUUUGACUCAUUGAGGAUACAAAAAGAUUCUAAGCCAAGUUUUUCAAUAAGCCUGGUUACUUAAGUUUUUAAAAAUAGAAUGUUAUCCUGGUUUACCACACCAGUUAAACAUAGUGGAAAGAGUACAGGAUUUGGAGUUAGACAUUGUUUCAAAUUCUGGCUCUGUCAGUGUGUGACCUUGGUGAAGUCACAUAAUCUCACCGCCUCAACUUCUGUAAAAAUGGGGUGCUAUUUACCAUGUUUACUAGUUGCAGAGUAAAUGAAUUAAUGUACAUCAAAGCACCUAGAAAAUAACGGGUGAUUCAGAAUGGUAGCCACUACUACUCUUACUGUUUGUCAGUAGACAAUAACUUCUGAGUACAGUUCUGAUUAUUUUGAAGUUCUGUGGUAUUACCAUGCAGCUGUUAAGUAAUUGUGUCCUUGAUAUGCUUGCAUGUCAUUGGUGGAUGAGAAAUUAUUACUCUAAUAUUUGAAAGGUGUUUGGGGGUUCAUCAAGAUGAGAGGUAUGAUAAAUAUAAGAUGCCGUUGUUUUUACCUGUACUUUCUUCAGGGUAUCCUGUCUUGGUAGUGAAUGGAAGAGGGCCUGGUCCCUGGGGCAGUGCAGAAGGCACUUUCAUCAUCUCACUCACUGCAAAUGUCAUGUGAGGUUUCAUGGAAGUAUUAAGAGAUCCAAUUAAGAAGAAUAGUUCUGAGUCUAAACCAGCCCAGAGUGGCUUCUCUAGGGGAAACUCCCUGCUCAGCUGCCCUGAAUCUGUGGAGGCUAGUCCAGCAGUUAAUGAGAAGAGCGUGUAUUCCACUCAUAAUUAUGGGACCACUCAGAGGCAUGGGUGUCGAGGACUGCCUUAUGCUGAUCAUAAUUACGGAGCCCCUCCUCCUCCGACACCUCCUGCUUCUCCCCCUGUCCAGACGAUCAUCCCUCGUUCUGACCUGAAUGGCCUGCCGUCGCCCGUAGAGGAACGCUGUGGAGACAGCCCGAACUCUGAAGGAGAGACUGUUCCUACCUGGUGUCCUUGUGGUCUUUCUCAGGAUGGCUUCCUUCUCAACUGUGACAAGUGCAGGGGAAUGAGCAGGGGGAAGGUUAUUAGACUUCAUCGGCGGAAGCAGGACAACAUAUCAGGUGGGGAUAGCAGUGCAACAGAAAGCUGGGAUGAGGAGCUUUCUCCUUCCACUGUGUUGUACACAGCAACACAGCACACACCUACAAGCAUCACCUUAACUGUUAGAAGAACCAAACCCAAGAAGCGGAAGAAGAGUCCAGAAAAGGGUCGUGCAGCAGCAAAGACGAAGAAAAUCAAGGCAUUUCGAGAGGGAUCCCGGAAGUCCUUGCGGAUGAAGAAUUCUCCUUCUGAAGCACAGAAUUUAGAUGAGAAUACAACUGAGGGAUGGGAAAAUCGGAUAAGACUAUGGACUGAUCAGUAUGAAGAAGCUUUCACUAAUCAGUACAGUGCAGAUGUACAGAACGCCCUUGAACAACAUCUACAUUCUAGCAAGGAAUUUGUGGGCAAACCUGCUAUUUUAGACACUAUUAAUAAGACUGAAUUGGCCUGUAAUAAUACAGUUAUUGGUUCCCAAAUGCAGCUACAGUUGGGAAGAGUCACUCGUGUUCAAAAGCACCGGAAGAUCCUGAGGGCUGCAAGAGAUUUGGCUUUGGACACUCUUAUAAUAGAGUAUCGAGGGAAAGUCAUGUUACGACAGCAAUUUGAGGUCAAUGGGCAUUUCUUCAAAAAACCAUACCCCUUUGUGCUCUUCUACUCAAAAUUCAAUGGUGUAGAGAUGUGUGUGGAUGCACGUACUUUCGGUAAUGAUGCUCGGUUCAUCAGAAGAUCGUGUACACCAAAUGCAGAGGUGCGACACAUGAUUGCAGAUGGGAUGAUUCACCUAUGUAUCUAUGCGGUGUCUGCCAUCACCAAGGAUGCUGAAGUCACGAUAGCAUUUGAUUAUGAGUAUAGUAACUGUAAUUAUAAAGUGGACUGUGCAUGUCACAAGGGGAACCGGAAUUGCCCUAUACAGAAAAGGAAUCCCAAUGCUGCAGAACCACCACUCCCACCUCCUCCAAGCUUACCAACCAUAGGAGCAGAGACAAGACGUAGAAAAGCACGACGGAAAGAGCUAGAGAUGGAACAGCAGAAUGAGGCUCCAGAAGAGGAUAACAAUCAGCAAUCAGAACAAGUUCCUGAGAAAGUAACUGUGUCCAGUGACCAUGAGGAAACAGACAAUCCAGAAGAAAAAGCAGAAGAAGAGAAAGAAGAGGUUACAGAUGACCAGGAGAACCCAGCUCAUAGCAGAAGGACCCGGGAAGACAGGAAGGUCGAGGCCAUCAUGCAUGCUUUUGAAAACUUAGAGAAAAGAAAGAAGCGGCGGGAUCAGCCCUUAGAACAAAGCAAUUCUGACAUAGAGAUUACUACCACCACCUCAGAGACCCCUGGAGGAGAAGAGGCAAAAACUGAAGCCCCUGAACCUGAAGUUAGCAACCCGGCUUCAAACAUGACCAUCCCAAGCACCCCACAGACUGUUGGAGUGAACACCCGGAGGUCUUCCCAAGCAGGGGAUGUUGCUCCAGAAAAGCCAGUCCCCAAGCCGCCUCCAGCAAAGCCUUCUAGGCCCCGACCGAAGAGUCGCAUUUCUCGGUACCGGACCAGUUCAGCCCAAAGACUAAAGCGUCAGAAGCAGGCCAUUGCACAACAGGCAGAGUUGUCACAAGCUGCCUUGGAAGAGGGCGGAAAUAACAGCUCUGUGACUCCUACUGAAGCUGGAAAUACAGACAGUUCAGGAGAAAACAGGCAAUUAAUAGGGUCUGACCCAACUGUGGUAUCAGUUACUGGAUCCCAUGUCAACCGUGCGGCACCUAAGUACCCCAAAACCAAAAAAUAUCUAGUUACAGAAUGGUUGAAUGACAAAGCCGAGAAGCAAGAAUGCCCUGUUGAGUGCCCUUUACGUAUCACCACGGACCCAACCGUACUGGCAACAACCCUGAACAUGUUACCCGGUCUUAUCCAUUCCCCAUUAAUUUGCACCACCCCCAAACACUACAUUCGCUUUGGCUCACCCUUUAUCCCUGAGAGACGUCGAAGGCCCCUUCUGCCUGAUGGCACCUUCAGCUCCUGUAAAAAGCGCUGGAUAAAGCAAGCCUUGGAAGAAGGGAUGACUCAAACGUCAUCUGUACCCCAAGAGACUAGAACUCAGCACCUAUACCAAAGUAACGAGAAUAGUAACUCUUCUAGUAUCUGCAAAGACAAUGCAGACUUGUUGAGCCCAUUAAAGAAAUGGAAGUCUCGCUAUCUGAUGGAACAGAAUGUCACCAAGUUACUGCAGCCUCUUUCUCCAGUCACACCACCCCCUCCCAAUUCAGGCUCAAAGAGCCCCCAGCUGACCACACCUGGCCCAUCUCACCCAGAAGAGGAGUGUCGAAAUGGAUACAGCCUCAUGUUCUCACCAAUCACGUCUCUUACUACUGCUAGUCGCUGCAAUACUCCUCUGCAGUUUGAGAACAUAUCCUCCCCUGAGAGUUCCCCUGCGAAUAGGCCCGAGUCCCUGUCACCCGAGCUUUGUCACCGAAAAGAUGUGGACUUGACAAAAGUAGGCUACCUUGACUCCAACACUAACAGCUGUGCUGACAGACCUUCCCUGAUCAACUCAGGUCCUUCUGACCUGGCUCCUCAUCCCUCUGUCGGGCCCCCCUCUGAGACUGGCUUUCCAAGCAGGAGUGGAGAUGGACAUCAGACCCUUGUGAGGAACUCGGACCAGGCAUUUCGGACAGAGUUUAAUUUAAUGUAUGCCUACUCCCCAUUGAACGCUAUGCCUCGAGCAGAUGGAUUAUAUCGAGGAUCUCCCCUAGUAGGGGAUAGGAAGCCUUUACAUUUGGAUGGGGGAUAUUGUUCCCCUGCAGAAGGGUUUCCCAACAGAUACGAACAUGGCUUUAUGAAAGACCUCUCUCGUGGAUCCAUGUCACCUGGUGGUGAAAGGGCUUGCGAAGGAGUCCCAUCUGCCCCCCAGAACCCACCGCAGAGGAAAAAGGUAUCCCUGUUGGAGUACCGCAAACGGAAACAAGAAGCCAAGGAGAAUUCUGCCAGUGGGGGAGGUGACUCUGCACAGAGCAAAAAUAAGUCUGCAGGAGCUGGGCAAGGCAGCAGUAACUCACUUUCUGAUACUGGUGCCCAUGGUGUGCAGGGAUCCUCAUCCCGAACCCCAUCUUCCCCUCACAAAAAAUUCUCCCCAUCUCAUUCCUCUAUGUCCCAUAUGGAGGCGGUAAGCCCAUCAGAUUCCAGAGGCACUUCAUCUCACUGCAGACCUCAAGAGAAUAUCAGCAGUAGGUGGAUGGUUCCCACGUCAGUGGAACGACUCCGAGAAGGAGGGAGCAUCCCCAAGGUCCUCCGAAGCAGUGUGAGGGUGGCCCAAAAAGGAGAGCCUUCUCCCACAUGGGAGAGUAACAUCACAGAGAAAGACUCAGACCCUGCAGAUGGAGAAGGCCCAGAGACACUGAGCUCAGCACUCUCUAAAGGAGCAGCCGUUUACAGCCCUUCCAGAUACAGCUACCAGCUCCUGCAGUGUGAUAGUCCACGGACAGAAUCACAAAGCCUCCUUCAGCAGAGUUCCUCCCCCUUUAGAGGACAUCCCACCCAAUCUCCAGGAUACAGUUAUCGAACUACUGCACUGAGACCUGGAAACCCCCCCUCUCACGGUUCUUCAGAAUCCUCCCUCUCUUCUACGUCCUAUUCCAGCCCCGCCCACCCUGUAUCCACAGACUCGUUGGCCCCAUUUACGGGGACACCAGGGUAUUAUAGCAGCCAGCCACAUUCUGGAAACAGCACUGGCAGCACUCUUCCAAGGAGGAGCUGCCCUUCUAGUGCUGCUAGCCCUACCCCACAGGGCCCCUCAGACUCGCCGACCUCAGACUCGGUCUCCCAGUCCAGCACAGGAACUCUGAGUUCCACCUCCUUCCCUCAGAACUCUAGGUCGUCAUUGCCAUCAGACUUACGGACUAUCAGUCUGCCCAGUGGGCAGUCCGCUGCCUACCAGGCCUCCAGGGUAUCUGCGGUUUCCAAUUCACAGCACUACCCACACCGUGGGAGUGGGGGUGUGCACCAGUACCGACUCCAGCCACUGCAAGGCUCAGGAGUCAAGACUCAGACAGGACUUUCCUAGGGCUUCUGGAUUUGGGCAAACAGAACUGAAUGAGCCCAUAGCUGCUUCCUUCCAGCUGCCUCUGGAACCUAGGCCGAGCAUAUUGCUGGGGAAGAGGGUACAAGGUGCCAGAGGACUGGGUCUGGUCGACAAGAAACGAGACUUGUGGUCGCGACUGGCUCUGGCCUUGGAGAAAGAUGUAAAUCUUGUCUGAAGCAGAGACUAUAAAGAAGUUUCUCCCUGCUGUUAAGGGUACAUUGUUGACAAGCAAAUGGUGUUCCGGUUAGUAACGGUUCUAAGUGCAAUGAGUCGUGUUGAAGCCUCUGUCUCCCGUCCUUGCCUGUAGCCUGUAGUCACUUGUGCAGUGGGGACAUCUUUUUACACACACACACACACACACACACACACACA